UUUUUUUUAAACACUACAGAGAAACGUAGCGCAGUCAUAGAUACAGUACUGCCUAAAAACUUUCCAGUAAGUUUUGUAUGACACAUGACUUCUUUGUCAGGUGAUUUUUGGAAAAUAAAUGUGUAACCUGUGAAAGUAAGCUUCCUGGUUCCGAAUCCUGUGUGAGGACAGCAUAGGAAAGCACAUUUAUUACUACGGGUUCUAAAAUCUAUUGUACAUGAGGUAACUUGCUUUCUAAAAAAAGAGUCUGGUUAUGCAGAUUAUAUAACUAAUUAGUUAUAUAACAAAAAAAAGUAUUAUACAUUGAAAGUAACGCUAAAAUGAGAUUUAAAAUCCACAAGAAAAAUGCACUUGCAUUAUCAGUGACUGUAUUUGUCGCGCUUGUCUUUGUCUACACUAUGCUUAAGAGUAGCAGUUUACCUCAAGAUAAGCCAAAGCAAGGGACAGCAGGAAGUUUGACAUUAUCGAUAGCAAAGAAUCAUUCGCCAAACAGGUUUCUGUACGGUAGUGUGUUUGAAAUGAAAACAUCUGUUUACGAAAACAACUUCAGGCAGUUUAUCAUGAAUGCUGAAAUGUUCCAGUCGGAACCUGAAUUAGUCAUAGUUGUACAGGUCCAUAACAGACCCGCCUACCUCAGACUGCUUGUUGAAUCCUUAAGAAAAACCGCUGAAAUCCACAGCACACUGCUGAUUUUCAGCCACGACUAUUUUUCAAAGGAAAUAGGGGAAAUAGUUCAAGGCAUAACAUUCUGCAGGGUUUUGCAAAUCUACUUCCCAUACAGCAUGCAGCUUUAUACCAAUGAGUUCCCUGGGCAAGAUCCAUCGGACUGUCCUAGAGACAUAUCCAAGGACGAGGCCAGAAAGAAAGGAUGCCUAAAUGCCGACUAUCCAGACUCUUAUGGUCAUUACAGGGAAGCUGCGUUUACCCAAGCCAAACAUCACUGGUGGUGGAAGCUACAUUUUGUGUGGGAGAGAGUUAAGGCUCUUCAGGGCUAUAGUGGCUAUGCAGUUUUCAUUGAAGAUGACAACUACCUCAUUCCAGACUUCUGUAGCUUUUUUAAGAGGAUGGCAGCACUGAAGAAAAGUGAUUGCUCAGAUUGCGAUAUCUUGGCCUUGGGCAAUCAUGAUAGUCUGCCACUCUUCCAGGACUUGGCAAAUAAGGUUGAAACUACAGGGUGGAUAUCAACCAAACACAACAUUGGCAUGGGAUUAACAAAGGAUGUUUAUUAUAAGAUAAUGGGAUGUGCAAGUGAGUUCUGCACCUAUGAUGAUUACAACUGGGACUGGACCUUACAGCACUUGUCCAGUCAGUGUCUUUCUAAGCCAUUAAAGGUGAUGGCAGCACAAGCUUCUCGGGUACUGCAUACAGGAGACUGUGGAAUGCACCAAAAAGAGAGCUGCAAGCCAGAAGUGGCAUCUCAGAAAGUGCAACAAAUACUAGAGUCUGUCCAGAGCUAUCUAUUUCCAGAUUAUUUAGUUUCCAAUAAGAUGGAUUCUGUAAAAAGCUCUCCCUACAUAAGAAAUGGAGGCUGGGGUGACGUACGGGACCACACGUUAUGCAAAAAUUAUGUGAAAAAAUUGUAAAGAGGAGAACCAUUUUGUUAGUAUAACAACAUUCUCAAAUGUCCUUUUAUCAGUUUGCAUUUUGCAGAUUUAAUCUUCACUUUGAAGUGGAUGAAGCCCCUUUAUCCCGCCACCACAUUAAUUUCCUGUGCAGUAGAGGUAUUAGGGCCCCACUUCUGGGUUCCUAAUAGUGAAUUUAUAUUGUGGUCUGAAAAGAUAAAUGAACUUAACCUGAAACAGUGAAGAUAAAGUCUGGAAAGCUAAAUGGAUUUGUAGUUAUUGCCCUUUUUAUGAUUAAGGUGCAAUGAAGGAAAUUUAAAAUAAGGCUUAAGCCUACAAGUAACUGUUUGCCAGCCUAACAAAUUUAUUUGGUACAUUUUAAGAUCUUUAAAGCAUAAUCUUUUUUUCACUGUCCAGUGUUGCACUAGUCAGAUACAUUCUUGUUAGUAAUACGCUAAUUGUUUGCUUCAUACAGGUAUCUAGCAAGUGAUUAUGAAUAAUUAAUAUUUAAGUAAAGAGUUUGCGUGUACUGUACAUACAGUAUUACUUUUACACUCUGCACAUUUCAUUCAGGUUUAAUUGAAAAUGUAAUAGUUAACGCAAUAUCAGAGUAAUUUGUUACAUUGGUGGAUAUGCUGAAUCUGUUUAACUGCUUAUUAUCAGUGAGAUUUUUAGCAUUAGUA